CACACCAUCGAUGGCAGGUUUGCCUCGGGUCUCUGCGCCUUGGCCUAGACAAGUCUCGCCUCCACAUGAGUAGCCACGCCUCUGGGUGGGUGGGAUGAGGAGCUGGGGGCGCCGCAGGUGAGCGGAGUUGUGAGCGUGGGUCCUGGGCCGGGCCUAGGCAGCGGCGUGCUCCAACCCUCGGGGUGGUCAGCCCUGAACCCCAGUCGGGAGACGCGUGGUGGGGCAGGAGGGCUACUGCGUAAAGGAGCCGCGGGUCCCGGCGCGCACAGAGGGAGGGUCGGGAGCGGUGCGAGCCGCGCUCCCGCGAGGACCGACUCCAGCGGAGCUCCAGCCUCACCUGCGUUGGCCACACGGUGGCGCCAAAGCACCGCCCGCCGCGGGGUCAGGUGGCCCUGGACGGCGCAGUCCGAUGACGCACGCGCGGCGCCGCCUCGCCCCGCCCACCGCGGGUCACGUGGCGCAGUUGGCGCAGCCUGAUAACGCGACGCCCAGCAUUUGGGCGCCGCUCCCGCCCCGCCGCCGCGCCGAGUCCUUUUGUCCAAGAUGGCGGCGCCGGGGGCGCUGCCUCCUCAGCCGCCGCCGCCUCCGCCGCUGUGAGGGGCCUGCGGGCCGCCCGCCCGCCCGCCGCGCCGGCGCCAUGAAGAGGCAGAGCGAGCGAGACUCGAGCCCGAGCGGGCGCGGCUCGUCGUCAUCAGCUAAGCGGCCGCGGGAGCGCGAACGGGAGGCGGAGGCGGGCGGGCGGCGGGCGGCGCACAAGGCCUCCGGCGGCGCCAAGCACCCGGUUCCAACGCGGACCCGCGACAAACCCCGCGGCAGCGGAGGCGGCGGGAGUGGGCAUCGCGACGGCCGCGGCGCCGGGGACGCCAAUCACCGUGUGAGCAGCGGCCGCUCCUCGAGCUCAGGCGCCGGCGGCGGGGGACGCGGCGGCAAGGCCUCGGGGGACCCGGGAGCUUCAGGCGCUUCGCCUCGCUCGUCUCCGCUGCCACCACCUCCGCCACCGCCCGGGGCCGAGCCCGCGGGUCCCGGCUCGUCAGCGGCCGCGCCCGAGUACAAGACGCUGCUCAUCAGCAGCCUGAGCCCCGCGCUGCCCGCCGAGCACCUCGAGGACCGGCUCUUCCACCAGUUCAAGCGCUUCGGCGAGAUCAGCCUGCGCCUGUCGCACACGCCGGAGCUGGGCCGCGUCGCCUACGUGAACUUCCGGCACCCGCAGGACGCGCGCGAGGCCCGCCAGCACGCCCUGGCCCGCCAGCUGCUGCUCUACGACCGGCCGCUCAAGGUGGAGCCGGUGUACCUGCGCGGCGGCGGGAGCAGCCGGAGGAGCAGCAGCAGCAGCGCCGCCGCCUCCACGCCGCCCCCGGGGCCGCCCGCGCCCACCGACCCGCUCAGCUACCUGCCGCUGCACGGGGGCUACCAGUACAAGCAGCGCUCGCUGUCCCCCGUCGCUCCCCCGCCCCUGCGAGAGCCCCGAGCCCGCCACGCCGCUGCCGCCUUUGCCCUGGAUGCUGCCGCCGCCGCCGUGGGACUGUCCCGGGAGCGGGCCCUGGACUACUACGGGCUGUACGACGACCGCGGGCGCCCCUACGGCUACCCGGCUGUGUGCGAGGAGGACCUGAUGCCCGAGGACGACCAGCGGGCCACGCGCAACCUCUUCAUCGGGAACCUGGACCACAGCGUGUCGGAGGUGGAGCUGCGACGGGCCUUCGAAAAGUACGGCAUCAUCGAGGAGGUGGUCAUCAAGAGGCCCGCCCGUGGCCAGGGGGGUGCGUACGCCUUCCUCAAGUUCCAGAACCUAGACAUGGCCCACAGGGCCAAGGUGGCCAUGUCGGGCCGGGUGAUUGGCCGCAACCCCAUUAAGAUCGGCUACGGCAAGGCCAAUCCCACCACCCGGCUCUGGGUGGGGGGCCUGGGACCUAACACCUCACUGGCCGCUCUGGCCCGGGAGUUUGACCGCUUUGGGAGCAUUCGGACCAUCGAUCAUGUCAAAGGAGACAGCUUUGCCUACAUCCAGUAUGAGAGCCUGGACGCUGCCCAGGCCGCCUGCGCUAAAAUGAGGGGCUUUCCCUUGGGUGGACCAGACCGCAGGCUGCGGGUGGAUUUUGCCAAAGCAGAGGAGACUCGGUAUCCCCAGCAGUACCAGCCCUCCCCGCUCCCUGUGCACUACGACCUUCUCCCAGAUGGGUAUGCCCGGCACCGCAACCUGGACCCGGACCUGCGGGUGCGGGACAGGACCCCCCCACACCUCCUGUACUCAGACCGAGACCGGACCUUCUUGGAAGGGGACUGGACAAGCCCUGGUAAGAGCUCUGACCGCAGGAACAGCCUGGAGGGCUACAGCCGCUCGGUGCGCAGCCGCAGCGGGGAGCGCUGGGGAGGAGACGGGGACCGGGGCCUGCCCAAGCCCUGGGAGGAGAGGCGGAAGCGGAGGAGCCUGUCCAGUGACCGUGGGAGGACAACCCACUCCCCUUACGAGGAACGGAGCAGGACCAAGGGCGGUGGGCAGCAGGCCGACCGAGGCUCCGACCGCACCCCUGAGCGCAGCCGCAAGGAAAACCACUCCAACGAGGGGACCAAGGAGUCGAGCAGCAACUCCCUCAGCAACAGCAGGCACGGGGCUGAGGAGCGGGGCCACCACCACCACCACGAGGCUCCAGACGCUGCCCACGGGAAGAAGACCCGUGAGAGCGAGCGCAACCAUCGGACCACGGAGGCUGAGCCGAAGCCUCUGGAAGAGCCAAAACAUGAGACCAAAAAGCUCAAGAACCUCUCGGAGUACGCGCAGACGCUGCCGCUGGGCUGGAGCGGGCUGCUGGUGUUGAAGAACAGCUGCUUCCCCACAUCUAUGCACGUCCUCGAGGGGGACCAGGGUGUGAUCAGCGGGCUCCUCAAAGACCACUCCUCCGGGAGCAAGCUGACUCAGCUGAAGAUUGCCCAGCGCCUCCGACUGGACCAGCCCAAGCUCGACGAGGUCACACGACGCAUCAAGCAGGGGAGCCCCAAUGGCUACGCAGUGCUGCUGGCCACGCAGGCCGCCCCCAGCGGGCCUGGUACUGAGGGGAUGCCCCUGGUGGAGCCAGGCCUGCAGAGGCGGCUUCUCAGGAACCUGGUCUCCUACUUGAAACAGAAGCAGGCGGCCGGUGUGAUCAGCCUGCCGGUGGGUGGGUCCAAGGGCAGAGACAGCACGGGCAUGCUCUACGCCUUCCCGCCCUGCGACUUCUCGCAGCAGUACCUCCAGGCGGCACUGAGGACCUUGGGCAAGCUGGAGGAGGAGCACAUGGUGAUCGUUAUAGUGAGGGACACUGCCUAGCCCGGACACCUCCCAGCGCCACUUCUGUCACAAAAGCAGUCAUUUUAGAACCUGAUCCGCUGCCUCAGUCCUACCCCCUCGGUUUGACUUUUCUGCUGGGUUGUUUUGGUUCAUUAGGUGGGAGACCAAAGUCCUGUCCCCACCAAAACUGAGUUCUUAGGUUUUGGGGAUUUUUUUCCCGUGAUGAGAAGGGACUCCUGUCAUGUUGGUUUCUAGUGUACGAGAUACUGUCUGCUGUGUUCUGUAUUUUUUUUAUUUUUUGACUAACUGUAUGGAAAGUUGUCAGUAAAGCCUUUGUCAGAGGAUGGAUUUUUAA